CAACGACUAACAUGGAGGAGGGUCCGGCAGAAAUGGCCGGAUACACCCCUCUAGAUGUCAACAUCCCCCCGGUACCUACGACUCAGGUUCUGACCAAUCUUCACUGGGAAACCCUGCUGGCUCUGGCGGACACGGUGAUCCCAUCUAUCCGUGCUCGUGGCCAUGAUGUGGAUGUUUCCUCAACCACACAUCAAACCGUUACCGAAACUCAACUAGAAUCUGCUACCUCCAGACUCACGGCCACCAUCACCCAAACAACCCCCCAAGCAGCAGAGGUAGCCCGGGCGUAUCUGCAGGAGAGUGCGUCGUCUCUUCCGGGAUUCCGUGAGGGCCUCCAGCGCCUGAUUGCCGACUACGUCCAUCAUGAAGGCCAGAACGGGCUGCGCUUCAUCCUCACCGUUCUGAACACCCGAACCGGAUCCCUUCUUCUGACUGGGUCGACCACCCCCAUCCAGAACCAACCCCUGGCAGUACGCGAGCAGAUCUUCUCCGGAUGGGCCUCGUCGCGAUUAAGCCCCAUCCGCCUCAUCCACCGGUCUCUAUCCGCAAUGUUCAAAACCACCUGGGUGGUGUCCAGCCCGACCCUGCCAGUCGCGCUGGGAUUUCCGCGCGUCCCCGUCCAUGGGAAGUACGCGCCGGGCUGCUGGGAGUACGAGUUCCUGCAAUUUCCUCCGGGUGAUCAUGAUGAAAAGGGCAAGGAGCAGCCGGAAAUCCUUGAAACCGACGUGGUGAUUAUUGGCAGUGGCUGCGGCGGUGCAGUGGCGGCGAAGAACCUGGCCGAAGGGGGCCACCGCGUGCUGGUCGUUGAAAAGUCCUACCACUACCCCUCGCAGUACUUUCCUAUGGACGUUCGGACCGCCCCGGUGAGUCUGUUCGAGGGCGGGGCAUCGAUUCUCACCGAUGACGCCUCGUUGGCCAUCUUCGCCGGCUCGACCUGGGGCGGAGGCGGCACCAUCAACUGGUCAGCGGCACUGCAGACGCAGGCCUUCGUCCGCAAGGAGUGGGCGGACGAAUCUGGUUUACCCUUUUUUACCUCGGCCGCGUUUCAGCGCUCGCUGGAUCGGGUCAGUGCUCGCAUGGGAGUCAGCGCCGCGCACAUCCGGCACAAUCGCCAGAACCGCGAUCUCCUCGAGGGGGCCCGCAAACUCGGCUAUGCCGCCGAGGCGGUGCCGCAGAAUACCGGCGGCGAGGAACACUACUGUGGGUAUUGUACCCUGGGCUGCUCAGCGGCGGGCAAGAAGGGUCCUACGGAAACUUGGCUGGCGGAUGCGGCCAAGGCGGGUGCGGUCUUUGUCGAAGGCUUCAAGGCGGAUAAAGUCACUUUCACGACUACGGACAGAGAACGAAUCGCUACGGGGGUGGAGGGGACUUGGACCUCGCGGAACGCGUACCUGGCCCGGGGCCAGGGAGAUGAUGCGAUCACCCGGAAGGUGGUGAUUAAAGCGAAGAAAGUGAUUGUGUCCUGCGGGACCCUGAACAGCCCUCUUCUGCUUCUCCGCAGUGGGUUGCAGAAUUGGCAUAUCGGUCGAAAUCUUCAUCUCCAUCCAGUCCUCUUUGGAGCGGCCGUCUUUGGCGAAGAGAUUCGACCCUGGGAGGGCUCGGCCCUAACCGCUGUCGUCAAGGAGUUCGAGAAUCUCGAUGGCCGGGGUCACGGUGCGAAGAUCGAAACCACGGUCACUCUGCCGCCCUUCUUCCUACCCAUAUUCCCCUGGCGAGGUGGCCUCGAGUACAAAUUGUUUUGUGCCAAACUAAGCGCCAUGACCAGUUUUAUUGCCAUCACCCGUGACCGUGAUUCCGGGCGCGUCUAUCCGGAUCCCGUCGAUGGACGGCUUCGCGUGGACUACACCCCUUCUGCAUUUGAUCGAAACAGUGCCAUGGAAGCAUUGAUUGCUAGUGCGAAGAUUGCUUAUAUCUCGGGUGCCAAGGAAUUCCACGUUUCGUAUGCGGAUAUGCCACCGUUCUGUCGAUCGGAAGACCAAGCUUCAUCUCAUGAUCUCACGGAAUCAGAUGAAGGAAUCAACAAUCCGGAGUUUCAGAAAUGGAUCACUCAAUUCCGACAGAGCUCGCCUCUCGAUGUCGAGAAAGCGGGCUAUGCUAGUGCCCACCAGAUGGGAACCUGUCGCAUGGCGAGCACGGCGAGCAAGGGGGUGGUGGAUCCUCAAUGCCAGGUCUGGGGUACGCAGGGGCUUUAUGUCAUGGAUGCAUCCGUUUUUCCUAGUGCGAGCGGUGUAAACCCGAUGAUCACGAACAUGGCCAUUGCGGACUGGGCUAGUCGGAACCUGUCGAAGAAAAUGAGGAAGGGUGGAGGGG